CAUACAUAAUGCAUGUUUCUUACAAAAGUUGUCACAAUUCACGCUUUAAACAAUUUUAGUGGAUUUUGCUUGUUUAGCUCCAACGACACAGUGCUACUUUAAAUAUUCACCUAACGCCGACUCGUAUUUGAGUUUCGGCCAAACACGCAGGUGUGCUCGCGACGACGCUCGUGUGCUCCGGUUACUGUUUACAUUAAAACGUUCUGUAACUUCUGUUGUCUACGAUGUAGUCAUUAUUUUAGAAUUGGAUUUUCGUAAUAAGUUUUAACACGACUGGUGGGCUAAUAUAUUGUUCUUACUACUGUUCUUAUAGUUACAUGUUAGUUUUUGUGCCUCUGUGUUGAUCCAGGUCCCAGAAGGUCAUACCUUUAUGUCAAUUUUAUUUACGACGGAGUCAUUAAUAAGGUAACAUACAAAAAGACAGAUUUGUCGAGAAGAAUAUUGAAGGCCGAGAGGCUGAUGCCGUAUAUAAAAAAGUAUUGAACGUACAAUUGCUGUCGAACUACAUAUUAUAGUGUUUCGAUUAGUACUAUAAGUUACAAUAUCUUGUAAGAAAAUAAAAUUUGUGAUUCAAAUUCCAUUUUGUGAUUCAAAUUAAUUAAAAUAAAACGCACAACAGAAGCGGUGGACAAUUCAAGCGUCGGGAUUAUAAUUGAGACGUUUUAAUUGUUCUACUCUAUAUUUGUAAAUAUUAUAAAUAUUAUUCUGUUUUUGAUAUUUAAAAAUAAAUUUGCUAUUGCUGAACAACUUAUAAGCCUGCGUUACUUUCGCCCAGCGCUGGUCGAAGAUUUUGUGUCGACAUGUUUACUUUUUAUUACCACCGGGCGGAUGUUUACCUUCCGCCGCCCAUUGCCUGCUUUCAAUAAACUGUAAUUUGAUCGAUUUUCUGUACACAUGUACUUCUAAAGAGAUCAUUUGGAUGCAAGUUUUUAUCAAAAUAUAUACACAUAAAUCAACCACACAACCAUCUACAAUUACGACUAGUAUAUUUUUUAGUUACCUGUAAAAUAAAAAUAAAAUAAACAGACUCAUUCCAUCAGGUCUCUCUUAAGCGAUCGUAAGGACUCAUUUUAGACGCAAAGAGAGCAGUCAGUUUUUGUAAACGUGGUACUACUGGUGGUAGGGCUUUGUGCAAGCUCGUCUGGGUAGGUACCACCCACUCAUCAGAUAUUCUACCGCAAAACAGCAAUACUUGAUUUACAUUUCAUACAUGAUUAUUGUGUUCCGGUUUGAAGGGUGAGUGAGCCAGUGUCAUUCAGGCACAAGGGACAUAACAUCUUAGUUCCCAAGGUUGUUGGCGCAUUGGUGAUGUAAGCGAUGGUUGACAUUUCUUACAAUGCCAAUGUCUAAGGGCGUUUGGUGACCACUUACCAUCAGGUGGCGCAUAUGCUCGUCCGCCUUCCAAUUCUAUAAAAAAAAACGUACCUCCGUCUCAGCUUGAGUGCCACAGAUUCCAUUUUUUUUUUAAUAUAAUUAGAAACAAAUAUUUAUUAUUUUAAUAGACAAUUUUAAGCUCUACAGAGGCGCUAUAAUCGUUUAACCAACGUGAACCGUAUAUAACGGACUUUUACCUGAGGCUAACAAAUUGUUGCGACAGAGUUGCCAACGUAGGUCUCUGUUCUUUAUAGCGAUUUACGACCGGCUUAAUUGUCGGGACGCAGUCCGCGGCUUUUUCAUACUUUAUUAAGUAAACUCAUCGCGGUCAUAGUGCUGGGUGCAGACAAUUUAAUUUACUCAAUAAUGUAUAAAUUUUAAUGUAUGUUUGCUGGUAAAUUUAAUGUAAUCUUGGAAAAUCAGCGUCAAUGGUUGCUCUAAGCACUGUAUUUUGUAAUAAACUUUCGCAGAACCGUAACAGACUUCGACAAUAUUAUUAUCGUAGCAAUAUUUUAAUAACCUUUUACCCAGCUUUUUGCAGCAGGCUGCGCUUUAAAAGCGCUACUGUCUAAUUUCUAGCGACUCGUCUCGUCCUAGAAGCUACUCGUCAUUGUGAACGUCGGUUAGGUGUAUCUACAGGUUUGGUGUGAGAUGUAAAUUGGUACACAGCAAAACGAAGGAGCGCGUCGGCGCACAGAGCAGCAUGGACGAUCUGGAACGAAUAGCGCGCGACCGCGCCGCCUGCGACGCCAAGAACAACGAGACCGCGCCGCCCGACGGUAUUUACUGCGAGGGAACGUUCGACACAUGGCUGUGCUGGCCGCACACUCCCGCUGACACAAUAACAUAUGCGCCCUGUCCUGACUUCGUUCCCGGGUUUAGUACUGACUUAUUUGCUCACAAAGAAUGUACUGCAAACGGUACUUGGUGGCAGCACCCGUUGUCUGGACAGCCGUGGUCGAACUACACCACGUGCGUCAAACCAGAAGACGUACGUACACUGAGAAAUUGCUCUCACUACGUUUCGUUCAAACUACUCCACCUUACUUCCUCUUCCUCGCAGGACGUUAGUGACAUCAUCGUCGUGUACGAGUCGGGGUACAGCGUGUCGCUCGUAGCGCUGCUGCUGUCCUUGGGAAUACUUUCAUAUUUCAAGAGUCUUCGGUGCGCGCGUAUCACGGUGCAUAUGAACCUUUUUGCAUCUUUUGCACUCAACAACGCUCUUUGGCUAGUUUGGUACAGAGUGGUCGUUCGCUCGCCGGUCACUGUGAGAGAAUCCCCGGUGUGGUGUCAAGUACUCAACGCAACCUUGCAGUAUGCGCUGCUGACUAACUACACGUGGAUGCUGUGCGAGGGGCUGUACCUGCACACCGUACUUGUCAGUGCGUUCGUGUCGGAGAGACGCCUGGUUCGCGCGCUGCUGGUGGCGGGCUGGAUGCUGCCCGUACCUUCGGCCAUCAUCAACGCUGUGCGACGCGGCAUCGCCAACGAACCAUUCUGUUGGGCCGACGAUGGAGCGCCUCGCCUCGAGCUAGCUAUUCUCGUUUGCGUCGCCGUUCUUCUUAACCUGGCCUUCCUUUGCAACAUUGUCAGAGUUUUAUGCACCAAACUCCGCGCGGGGGGCGGAGCAGGCGUGGCGAGACCUUCUGCUACGGUAUUGCAUGCUCUUCGUGCUACUUGCUUGUUGGCACCGCUUCUCGGACUCCAAUAUUUACUGACGCCCUUCCGACCGCCUCGGACGGCCAGUUGGUGGAUGUUCUACGAGUAUGUAUCGGCGUUGACGACCUCGCUGCAAGGGUUGUGCGUGGCCAUUCUCUACUGCUUCUGCAACGGAGAGGUGCUUGCGCAGCUUCGACGUCGCUGGCGAGUGCUCACUUUCCGUCCGAGAGCUAAUUCCACAACGAAUACCACGGUUUCGUUCGUACGGUCUGCCGCCGCAGGCGCCGGCGAGGAGAAGGUGUGACUGGCGGCGGCGGGCGGCGCGGGCGGAGGGGGCGGAGAGGGCGCGGGCGCGGGGGACGAGGCGGACGCGGCGCGCGGCCGGC